AGUAGUGUCGGUGAGACCAAUGGCUCGCGGCCAGCUGAGAGUACUGCACGCCCUGGAUGUGGCAAGGACGCAGCUUUACCACUUCACGGCGACCAUGAUCGCCGGCAUGGGUUUCUUCUCCGACGCCUACGACCUCUUCUCCAUCUCCCUCGUCGCCGAACUCCUCACCUACCAGUACUACCAGGGAUCAACUCCUCGCGUAGUAUCCGCCACCAUCAACGGCAUCGCGCUGUGCGGCGCCGUCCCCGGCCAGCUCGUCUUCGGCUGGCUCGGUGACAAGAUGGGCCGCAAGCUCAUCUACGGGGUCACGCUCGUCCUCAUGAUCGCUUGCUCCCUCGCCUCCGGCCUCUCCUUCAGCAAGCGCAAGGGGAAGAACGUGGUGACCGUGCUCUGCUUCUUCCGUUUCUGGCUCGGCGUCAGCAUUGGCGGUGACUACCCGCUCUCGGCAACCAUCAUGUCGGAGUACGCCAACAAGAGGACGCGCGGCGCCUUUAUCGCGGCUGUUUUCGCCAUGCAAGGUUUUGGCAACCUUGCAGCUGGGAUCGUUGGCAUGGUGGUGUCAGCGGCCUUUGAGAACAGCAGUCCAUCCAACGCUGACUUUGUCUGGCGAAUUGUUCUCAUGUUCGGCGCCAUACCGGCAGCCCUCACCUACUACUGGCGCAUGAAGAUGCCCGAGACGGCACGGUACACCGCGCUCGUCGCCAAGAACGCGAAAAAGGCUGCCUCAGACAUGUCCACCGUGCUCAACGUACACAUCAUCCCCGAAGAAGAAGCCGUGAACGAGCUCACAAGGCAAGACCAGUAUGGUCUCUUAUCAGCGGAGUUCCUCCGCCGCCACGGUAUCCACCUCCUCGGCACCACCGUGUGUUGGCUCGUCCUCGACAUUACCUUCUACUCGCUUAACCUGUUCAUGAAGGACAUCUUCACCAAGGUAGGGCUGCUUCCAUGUCCGGACAAAGACAACCCGCUCAAGCGCAUGAUCAAAAUAACCGAAGUGCACACGGCCAUCGCACUCUGCGCUACAUUGCCAGGGUACUUUGUCACCGUCAUCUUCGUGGACCGCAUUGGCCGUGUCAAGAUCCAGCUGCUCGGGUUCACCAUGAUGUCCAUUUUCAUACUCUGCCUCGCCGUCCCUUAUGAUCACUGGAUCGAACAAGGGAACAAGUACGGCUUUGCUGUCAUGUAUGGAAUGACCUUGUUCUUCGCCAACUUUGGGCCCAACACCACAACAUUCAUCAUUCCAGCGGAGAUCUUCCCGUCAUGGCUACGCUCGACAUGCCACGGGAUAUCUGGGGCGUUCGGGAAGAUCGGCGCCAUCAUCGGCGUGUUUGGCUUUGUGAACACGGAAAAAGACGUCCGAAGAAUGCUGUUUGCGCUUGUUGGGUGCAACCUAGUUGGUCUUAUGUUUACCCUCCUGCUGCCCGAGUCGAAAGGGAAGUCCCUAGAGGAUAUAACAGGAGAAAUGGAAGAACAACAGCCACAGGAUGACGCCGCAGCGGUUGCUGCGGCUGAGUGUAUACGCGUGGUGGCUAUUUAGUCGAGUUCUCUUCACGGUACAUACAUCGGUAUAUAUGUGUGCUACUACAUCGUCGAUAUAUGUUUAUUUAUUGAUGUUGCCAUGCAAAUGUGCCAUGAGCUUUUUUUUAUUCAUGGUUCCUUGCAAAUGUUCCAUGAUGCCAAGGCCGCGGUCUUUAAUGGUAAUUCGGCAACCUAGGGUUUGUCUAAUGGUAAUUUUGUAAUUUCCUCUUAAGACUACAACCAUGGGGUAGGUCCAAUAAAUAUUAUGUAUG